AUGCUUCCUCUCGAACCCAGAGCUUGCAGUUCCUGCGGAAAGGCGAAGCGAAAAUGUAGCAAGCAGCUUCCGACAUGCAGUCGUUGUCAAAUCAAAGGCCUCGAGUGCGUCUAUCCGACUCCGCGACCGUCUUGCUUCGUGCUGUACGGGGACGAUCUCAGUGACCCGCCGACCCUGCGGGAUGCCGCACCGGCGGACGCGGACAUACGACUCCCCACGCCGACACUGUCUGCCCUAGACGGGCUCCCGUCGACCCCGUCAGGUCUCAAUCUUGUGUCGUGCUCCAGUCCGUCAGUUUGUCCGACGCUGUCCGACCUGCAAGAAGCGUGGUUUCUCACGCGAGACUCCUGGACCGUCCAGCCCCUCCACAUAGUCCACUUAUCUCCGACCACCGUGUCCGCUGGCUGGCGGUACAUCAACCGCAUCCGCGCAUGGCUGGCGGACUGGACCACCGGCGCCCGCAACCCGCUGAUCCACUGUCGGCUAUACCAGACCCGGUUGCCGAAUAGCAUCCAAGACGCCUUCACGGCAUUGUCAAGCUACCAGUCACGCACGCCCAGCACGGAGGAAUUCAUCUAUCGCAUUCUCGAGUCGCGCGCCGCAUCGCUUGUCGAUGGCCAGAGCCAGUCCGAUACGGACCUAUCCUGCUUCGAGCACGUCAGCCGAGUCCAGGCCCUGAUCAUCUACUCUACCAUCCGUCUUUUCGACAGCGAUAUCCGCCAACGCUACCUCGCCGAACAACAACUACCCACCCUCUAUUCCUGGUCAAACGUCAUGCUCUCGCGCGCCGCGGAGAACAGCCAUCUCCUACUCCAAAGCUCUCUAGAGGAUGUCGCUCCAGGGUUGACACAGCCUGUCUCGCCCAUGCAGCAGGAAGAAGUCCUCUGGCGGGCGUGGAUCCGGUCCGAGAGUAUCCGACGCACGUGGCUAGUCGCGCAGAUGGUGCAUGCCGUCUACCUCGCUAUGCAGGGACGGUCUGUCGCAUGUCCUGGAGGUAUCAUGUUUACGACCAGGAAGGGUGCGUGGGAUGCGGAGUCGGCACAUUCGUGGAUGAAGUUGUGUGCGGAGCGGAAUGUGGGGUUUAUGCAGCGGAGUUGCAUGUACAAAGUCAUGGAGGAGUAUCGACCAGACGAGGUGGAUGAGUUUGGGAAGUCGAUUAUGGAGAUGGACUUUGGGGUGGAGAGGAUGAAGAGUUGGGGGGAGGUACAUUAA